AUCACUUGAUCCGUCGGGGAGAUGUUGGAAGGUUUGUGGAUCUGGAGCUGAAUUUGACUUCACAUUGGAUAAAUAACGACGGAUUUAUUCUCGUACUGCCCUUUUACUCGACCUUAGGAGUGAAUGAGAGCUGCUCGAUGUGACUCCCUCUGACCGCCGUCGACCAUGAGUAACAGCCAUCCUCUGCGUCCCCUGGCCUCCGUGUCGGAGAUAGACCACAUCCACCUGCUGUCGGAGCAGCUGGGAGCCCUGGUGCUCGGAGAGGAGUACAGUGACGUCACCUUCAUCGUGGAGGGGAAACGCUUCCCCGCACACCGGGUCAUCCUGGCUGCUCGCUGUCACUACUUCAGGGCUCUGCUGUACGGUGGGAUGAAGGAGUCCCAGCCCCAGGCGGAGGUGUCUCUCGAGGAGACGCGUGCCGAAGCCUUCUCCAUGCUGCUCCACUACCUGUACACGGGCCGGGCCAGCCUCAGCUCCGCCCGGGAAGAGGUGCUGCUCGACUUCCUGGGGCUGGCUCACCGCUACGGCCUCCAGCCGCUGGAGGACUCCACCUCCGAGUUCCUCCGAACGAUUCUUCACACCAACAACGUCUGCCUGGUUUUCGACGUGGCCAGCCUGUAUUCUCUGAGCGCGCUCAGUGCAGCCUGCUGCGCCUACACGGACAGACAUGCACCAGAAGUGUUGAACUCUGAUGGCUUCCUCUUGCUGUCGAAGACUGCACUGCUGACUGUGGUCAGACGGGACUCCUUCGCUGCCACUGAGAAGGAGAUCUUCCAGGCCUUGAGUCGUUGGUGCCGGCAGCACGUGGAUGGAGCCGACACUCAGGAAGUGAUGGCGGCGGUGCGGCUUCCGCUCAUGACUCUGACAGAAAUGCUGAACGUGGUGCGACCGUCCGGCCUGCUGAGCCCCGACGACCUGCUGGACGCCAUCAAGACCCGAUCUGAGAGCCGCAACAUGGACCUGAACUACCGGGGCAUGCUCAUCCCCGAGGAGAACAUCGCGACAAUGAAGUACGGAGCUCAGGUGGUAAAAGGAGAGCUGAAGUCGGCGCUGCUGGACGGAGACACCCAGAACUACGACCUGGACCACGGCUUCUCCAGACAUCCCAUCGAGGAGGACGGCCGAGCGGGGAUCCAGGUCAAACUGGGCCAGUCGUCCAUCAUCAACCACGUCCGCCUGCUGCUGUGGGACAGAGACAGUCGGUCCUACUCGUACUACAUCGAGGUGUCUAUGGAUGAGCUGGACUGGGUGCGAGUUGUGGAUCAUUCAAAGUAUCUGUGCCGCUCCUGGCAGAAUCUGUACUUCACACCACGAGUUUGCAAGUACGUUCGCAUCGUAGGAACACACAACACGGUCAACAAGGUCUUCCACCUCGUGGCUUUUGAGUGCAUGUUCACCCACCACUCGUUUACGCUGGAGAACGGACUUCUAGUGCCCAGUGAAAACGUGGCGACCAUCGCAGCGUGUGCCAGCGUCAUCGAGGGCGUGAGUCGCAGCAGAAACGCCUUGCUCAACGGCGACACGCGCAACUACGACUGGGACUCGGGCUACACGUGUCACCAGCUGGGCUCGGGGGCGAUCGUCAUCCAGCUGGCUCAGCCCUACUCCAUCAGUUCUCUGAGGCUCUUGCUGUGGGACUGCGACGAGCGCUCCUACAGCUAUUACAUCGAAACCUCCACCAACCAGCAGCAGUGGACGAAGGUGGUCGACCGCACCAGGGUGGCGUGCAGGUCGUGGCAGACGUUGAAGUUUGAUAAGCAGCCCGCGUCUUUCAUCCGCAUCGUUGGGACUCACAACACAGCUAACGAGGUGUUUCACUGCGUUCACUUCGAGUGCCCGGCCCAGCUGGAAACGGAGGUCAACGAAGGCAGCCCGGGCCUGGACUCCUCCGACGCCGGGUCCACCACCCAGCAGCCACGACCCCAACGACCUUCACGCACACACAGCCUGCUGCCCUCCCAGCCCUCGUCGUCCUCCUCGUCGUCCUCACAGUCCCAUCAUUAAGAGCCUCCCCCCCCCCUGCUCCCUCUUAUUGGAAGGUGAUGAGAGGAAGGGAGACCUCAGAAUGCCAUUUUUUUUGCACAGCCUUCAUCAUCCAGAAUGCACUGCUGCAACGCUGCUAAAGGCGUCUCAUUGUCAUAACUCAUGGUCCGUCUGUCAGAAGUGCAACAUUAGAGACUGGGUGUAUCUGUAGCAGCAUUUAGGGCUCCAGUCUUCCCAGUUUUGAGACAGAAAGUUAGCUAUUACAUCCACUGGCUUGUACUCUUUUGUGAAGGUACUUUUUAGCUACUCAGACUCCGAGGUUUUCUCCUUAAACGUGAAAUCUUUACUCGUCCAAAGAUGAGGCUCACACUGAACUGUGGUUAUACUGUACCACCCAAUCGCAGUAAGAACAGGGCGGGGAGGGAGGGAGGGAGGGAGGGGGGGUUGCUACCCGAAUUUUACAAGUUAACAUUUCCAAAGGAGGUGGAUUUUAUCCUGAAUCGAGCUAUUUUUUUAAAGAAACUGUCUAAAAGAAAACCGACUCUACUCACUUUUCGUACCAUCGAGCUAACAGGGUAGCGGUCGAGUAUUUUUCAAAGUUUGGAAAUUGAAUCGUUCAAAUGUUGCCAAAGCUGUGGAGCUAAUGCAUUUCUGUGGCGUUUGUAUGCAACUUGCACUUAAUCCUGUUAUGCGUUUGCAUAUUAAGUAAAAGCCGUUGGGGGAAACUCGCUGACGGGCUCUCGCACCAGAAAAAAAAAAAACCAAAAUAACCGGUCGUCUUUUUCACAGCUGAAAUUCAUACCUCAAGAAAAAGCUACUUUCAAAACUAAACUCUCUGUGAGUGAAUUAGGUGUCUUAAUUUAGCUUUUUUAAAGCGCUGGCAUAGCCUAGCAGAGGAGUGAUUUGGGAAUUGAAUUAGGUUGUGGAGAGAGAAGAAAAAAAAAUGAAGGCUGAGGGGGCUCGGACCAAAUUCUGUCUGCACUCUGGGCUGCAGGGAAGUAAGUUUAUAUACAGUUUAUACAACAUGAGCAGCUGCUAUUGGCACUUUAACUCGAGUACUCAGAAAUAAAGGUUGCAGCUUGGGUCUCCUUGCCUGAUGUUCAGUACUGAAGUGCUGGAUUUGGUAACUUUUCUGUUUUGUUUGUGAAGUGAACUGCAACACCUCGCUCUUUCUUUGUUUCUGCUGUGUUUUUUUUUUUGUUUGUUUUUUGGAGGUUUGUUUUUAAAUUAAGCUAUCAGUGCUGUGGUUCCUGUGUGUUUCCUUUGUGUGUCCUGAUGUUGCACUUUUGAGUUGUCUUGAAAAUCUCCUUUAUUUCAAACCUUUUGAUUUCAUGUUAGAGAACCCUGAAAUACCCCGUCACCCUACAACGAGCCGCCAGACGACUCUGUAAGCCUUCUUUUGACAUACCAUCUACAUUUGAUGACAUUAGAUUAGCUGGAUAGUUUGAUAAAGUCUUCCUUAGUAACUAAGCAGAGAAUUGACAUAGGGCUUUAGUCAGGUUACGUCGUGAUGUAGAGAACGCACUCCCCAUCCCCCCCCCCCCUCCCUCCAUGUCCCUUUAUAAAUGUGUAAAGUUUGACUUAAUAUAUAUAUUAGUUUGGAUCAUCGAUGUGUGAUUGCAUUUCACUGCCUCUUGUUCAAUACAUUGCCUGUCAAAAAUGUGAUGAUGGAAAACGACCGACAUUGUUGAUUAAUGUUCAUUGCUGUGAGGGGUCACACCCGUUCUGCUUGCCUGAAUCGCUGCUGUUCAAACACAGCGGAGGUCUUUGAUACAAGCAAUACAGUGAUGUGUAUCUUCUCUUUUGUCUGGAGAGCUUCUGUUACUGACCAAACAGUGGGGAUUGAUCAGUCAACAUCCAUCAGGAGACUGACACUGAUGCCCUCAGAGGAUUUUAGACGUUGUUGAUGCCUUCAGGAUUUAUUAUAAAAUAUUUAAAAAAUCUGAUUUUAAAGUUU